AUGGAAAAUAAUAUUAUUUCGAGGAAAUUGGAUUUUGACACUCUGGUGGUGAAAUACCCGCAAUUGGGCCCGUAUUUCAAGGGGACAAAGUACGAUUUCCGCAACAAUGACGCGGUGAUUGCGAUCACCGAGGUUUUGUUGAGAGAAUGGGGUUUGAAGGUACACAUACACAGCGACAGAUUAUGUCCACGAUUAUUCAAUCGUCUCGACUACCUCGAAUUCAUGCGCAGAUUGCUGGGUUCCUGGACAAACCAUGUGGGGCUCGACGUUGGGACCGGCCAUCUGGCGAUCUAUGCGCUGCUGGGAGCCAAACUGUUCGAUCUGCAGUUUGUAGGCACAGAUAUCGACGAGGAGUCGUUGGAGCUGGCUCGGGCCAUUGUUGAGCAGAAUCACUUGCAGGAGAAAAUCCAGCUGGUGCUAACUAGACCGCAGGAGCCGCUGUUCAGCCGUUUCGUUGAGUUGCUGGGCUCUCGAAACGGGUUCGUCGUGUGCAACCCGCCUUUUUAUUCUUCUUUUGACGAGAUGGAAAGAAGAGCAGAAAUAAAGUCCGGCCCCCGAUUCCCCACAGCCGCAGCUAACGAGCUCGUUGUCGAGGGUGGGGAGGUAGCAUUUGUGCAUCGGAUGAUUAUGGAGAGCGAGGCCGUGAAAAGUUCUUCUAUUCGCUGGUUUUCCAGUCUCAUUGGAAAAUAUGACUCGCUCAAGCCCCUGAUCUCGCUUCUGCGCGCCCGCAAAAUCGACAAUUAUGGCGUGCAUGAGUUCCGCAGCAGCCAGGCAUUGGCGGGAACACGACGAUGGAUUCUGUUCUGGUCUUUCCAGCCAGAGCGGCCUGAUGCAGACCUGUUCAACAGUGUCGUGCAUCAGAAAACGCGUCGCGAGCUCCAGUGCACUCCCGAGAAGCUGCUCGAGCGGAUCGAUGGGCUGGAAAAUGUGGAGCAGACCAGAGAAUCCGGCUCAGUCGUUUUAGAGCUGCCGGGCGAUGUGUGGUCGCGAGCGUACCGGCGUCAAAAACGAUUCCUGCCAGAUCGGGCUCAGGUAGUGUUGCUGCUCGAAAACCCAAUCAAGCUCAUCUGGAAGAGCGGUCAUAACUACCAGCUUUUCGAAAGCUUCUAUAACUGGUGUAAGAAAAUAGAGCAGUCCUAG